CUCCCGUCUCCCUACUACUGGAGAUGUGGCAAUUAUACACGAAGUUUACGAUAGUGAAAAUGCCCAGUGGAAAUUUGAAAAUGAAUUGGAACUUGCCCUUGAUCGAGGCUACAAAAUCAUCGUUAUUGAGCCCUCUAGGCUAGGAGAUGAAACUGCACGAUGGAUUGCUUUUGGAAACUGUCUUCAUAAAACUGCCAUCAUAUCUGGCUUAAGUGCUGUGUGCACCGGUUUGAUAUGGGAGCGACCAUUAGUUUGUACCCCGUUGGGUGUUCUGUCUUUAUUGUGCUCAGGGUUAUACACUGUAUCAUGGCAAUUUGAUCCAUGCUGCAAAUAUCAAGUAGAAAGAAACCAUCAGAACUUGCCAAAGAUGCCUAUUUUGCAAUCAGUGUCUUCUACAUCACCAGUUGUUCUUGUACGCCGAGAUGACAGCCGGCGUAAAAUUCUACACUCAAGUGUGUCUGUUGUGGCUGCCCUCUUUUGUAUUUGGCGAAUUUAUUCAUCUUACAAGUAGCCCCAUUUUGCGUCCGCAACGUAGUAUUGAGGGGUUCAGUUAGGGAUAAUAGCAAAGAUGUUGUCCAAAACAUAUCAAAAUAGCUGUUACUUCUGUGUUUUGGAUAUUUUAUCACCCUCAAGUUAAGUCAGGCCAUGUCAAUGUCAAAGUGUCAAGAAGAGGGCUAUGUGUAGUAUCUUUAAUAUGUCAUACUUUACAAAUUAGGAUGCAUUAUUUUAAACCAAGAUCACAAUGUUGCCAAUGUUGGGUAUGUAGUACUAGGGAUUUUAAAAAUGUUCUGCGCAUGGUAUAAUAGGAAAAGAAAUAAAAAGUAAAGUCAUUCAGCUUUUGAUGCCCAGCCCCAGCUGAUAUUUUACUGCAACUGUUUUUCAUGCGCAUUAGCUUGAAAGAAAUUACUCAACUAAGGGUGGGCAUCUCUGCUUAUUUUUUGAGUCAGCCUGGCACAGCAACAGUGUAAUAAUAAUGGAACAUGCAGUGAUAGACUAUUUUGCUGAAGUCUUAUAAAUGAAGAAGGGUUUUAUUAGAGAUCAGUUGGACUGAACAGCUAAGAGUUGUUUGGAUCUUGUGGUUGACUUGUAUUUCAAUUUUAUUUUUGCAAGGAAAAAAAAAGAAGCUGUGAUGUAAUGUAGUGGCGUGUAGUGAUUUCUGUGAGAGCAUUUAAAUCGGGUAGUAUACCCUAUUUUCACCUCCUCUAAUGUUUUAAUUUCUUCCUCUUGCAUUUUGGUGAAAAGUUUACAGAAAAAGUGCCUUUAUCUCUUGUAGUAUUUUUGAAGGCCAUUGUCAGAUUUUUAAUUUAUUGCUGUGUUACCAAAUAGAAACUUCUAAUUUUGUUAAUGAAUUGAUUAGUAGACCUGGAUUUACACAUCACAAAAGCUAGAUAGGAGAAACUUGCCUGUCUCUCAUGGCCAUAGUAGGUAGUCUGUCAUUUGUAGUGAUUACUUUAACAGUGUUCUCUUGGCUAACUUGAAUAUGUAAUUGUGUGUGGUGGAGGUGUUUGAUGUAGACCCUCUCCUUGUAGUAAUUUGCACAAUAUUGAAUGUUGUGCUUUUAACGCAGUGAAGCUCAAGCCUAGAUAAAUUGUAUUUUUGCCUCUUGUUUUGUCAUGUUGGUUGACCACCAUUGUCAGAUAAAAUCUGAUCUAGUUGGGGUCACAUUCCUCAUGGGACUGGUCGGCUAAAGGCACCCAGUUGGUGUAACUGUAAGGGUAAUGGCAACACAGUUGUUAUUUAGGAAGCAAAUGUGACAACUUAUUUUCUUCAUGACAAGACUGAUCACAGUACCUUAGAUACAAAUUUGUAAAUUGUGGCACAAUGUUUUAAAUGUUAUUGUUUCAUGGUAUGUUCUGAAAGUAGGUGUUAUAAUAAUUAUUUUAAAGGUAUUCUAAGACAUGUAUAUAAGGCAGGAAUAAAUAUAAGUAGCAACAAACAUGUCAA